AGAUCCACCUGAAAUCUAUGCUGGUGAUAAUACACUAAGAGUUCUUCAAGAGUAUCAGUUCAAUUGCUCAUCUUCUAAUAUAACCAGUCUUAUAUUGGGCAUUAAUAUAAGGAGAAGAGUAGAUAAAACUCGUAAACUAUAUCCUAGUGUCCAGGUCUUUAGACCUAAUGGCAGCGAUGAAUCAAACACCUAUUUUCUUGUGACUGGUAGCGAGAGAACUAUUUAUUAUUCUACCUCUAAUAUCAGUACUGAUACUGAAGGGUAUCAAUAUCCACUCAAUCCUCCUAUACCAGUAAUGAGUGGAGACCUGUUAGCUGUAUCACAACCAGAACUGACAAGCAGUGUUGUUAGAAUCUAUUCUACUAGUACUAAUGGCAUCAGAUUUGUCAGCAGUCAAAACAUAUCCAUUGGGUCUUCAACUGUUGAUUUGAACGAUUCUGUUGAUGACCAGUUGAUAUUAGUAUAUCCAGUAACAGAUGGAUACUGUGUUAAUAGUGCCAAUUCAAUCAAUGCUUCAUUUAUCAAAGAGAAAGCACUUGAAGUACAAAGAUCACAAGCGAUUCCUGACAAAAAACAAUUCCUUUAUCCAGAGGUUAAGUUCAAAUGCAAUGGAUUAAUUUUAAAAUGGAUUUUUGGAGGAAACAACAACGAUUGGGAACCUCAGAAGCAUAACGAAUUACAAAUAUGGCGUCAAAUAGGCAAUACUUACACUAAAAUAGGAUAUAGUUUAGUUAAUGCUAAUAAAAUGAUUAAUACUAAUCUCUAUGAGUUUAUUCCUCAGACUCCACUGCAGUUCCAGGAAGGAGACAUAUUUGGCAUUUAUCAAGGUGAUGAAUUUCUCUAUGACCAAAAGUAUAAUGGCCCAGAAAACUUACGCAGCAAAGGAAAAGAAGACCUUAACUCUUCUCCACAAACAAUUAGUAGAGGAGAACUUAUGCUUAAUCAUAAUGAUUUCCCAUUAGUCACUGUGGAAAUAAUGCCCACAACUAGUGCACAACCAAACAACAAGGUUCUAAUCACUAUUAUAUCACUAACUGUCCUAUUGAUAUUAGCUGGAGUGCUUAAUGUUACAUUGUUAAUUGCUAUAACUGUUUAUUGCAUAAAAAGAAAAAAGAAGGGAAAAACACAUACUAGGAAAUCUCCAAAUAAUGGCAGUUUGAAUAACUUAAGAGUCUCUGAAAAUCUUGCUACUUCUAAUCCUUUAUAUGACAAUCCAGAUGGUGUGUAUGAGCCAAUAAUGCCAGUUCCUUAUCCUCAAAUUCCUUUACCUCCAAUACCAAAUGAUGAUCAAGACGUAGAGCAAUACAGACAAUUGAAUGGAGGAAUUCAUGCAGCUGAAUUAGUCCCUACAGCUGUGUCUCCCACACAUGCAAUUGAAAGUGCUUAUAGUACAUUGGAUAGGGAUGAGCCCAAUGCUUCUGAUGAAAGAGACCAACUAAAUUUUAGUGCUACAAUUGAAGAGGAACAUUUAGAACUGCAUGAGGUAGCCUGCAAACAUAAACCCAA